UACUCAGAGUUCGUGGACCACUUCCGCGACGCCUGCACGCUGAGGCAUAUCUGGAGGCGCAUCGACUCGGACGGCGGUGGCUCCAUCUCCAAGCUUGAGCUCAUCAACGCCGUCAACAAGGACCCAGUGGUGACCGCGCUGAUCCUUCCAGGCCACGAAGCCAGUUCGGCGCUCGAAAGUGAAGACACCUUCGACGCCGCGAACGCGGCCUUCGAUGCCAUGUCGGGCGGCAAGAAGCGCGCCAACUACGAUCAGUUCCUCAGCCACUUCCGCGACCACAACCAUGCGCCGUCUGAGGACGCAGACCUCGGCAUGCUGAAAGACAUCUGGAGACGCAUCGACGCGGACGACAGCGGCUUCAUCUCCAAGCUGGAGUUCGUCACUUUUGUAGCCGCCAUCAACAAGGACCCCGAGGUGGCCGCGGUGGUCCUCCUGGGCGUCGACACCGGCUCGCUCUUCAGCACCGAGGGUAGCUUUGACGCCGCCAGCGCGGCCUUCGAUGCCAUGUCAGGCGGCAGCUCGCGCGGCAGCUACGCGCAGUUCGUCGACCAUUUCCGCGGGGCGGCGCCAUCGAAGGACACCGACGUGAGUAUCCUGAAGGACAUCUGGGGGCGCAUCGAUGCGGACAGCAGCGGCGCAAUCUCCAGGCUGGAGUUCACUGGCUUCAUCGCCGCCAUGAACAAGGACCGAGAGGUUGCCGCGCUGGUCCUGCCGGGCGUCGACACUGGCGCGCUGAUCGACAGCGAGGAGAGUUUCGGCGCUGUGGACGCUGCCUUCGACGCCAUCUCGGGCGGCAAGUCGCGCGGCACCUACGCGGAGUUCGUCAACCAUUUCCGCGGCAGGGCGCCGUCCAAGGACAUCGACGAAAACCCGAUGCUGGACAUCUGGAGACGCAUCGAUGGGGACGGCAGCGGCGAGAUCUCCAAGCUGGAGUUCAUCGCCUUUGUCGCCGCUAUCAACAAGGACCCCGAGGUGGCUAUACUCCUCGACCCUGGUAGGCUCGUCCCAGGUGCCGACACCAAAUCGCUGAUUAGCAGCGAAGGGAGCUUCGACGCCGCGAACGCGGUCUUCGACACCAUGUCAGGCGGCAAGUCGCGCGGCAGCUACGCGGAGUUCGUCUACCACUUCCGCGGGGCAGCGCCAUCCAAGGACACCGACGUCGGCAUUCUGAAAGACAUCUGGUCACGUAUCGAUGCGGACGGCAGUGGCUCGAUCUCCAGGCUGGAGUUCACUGGCUUCAUCGCCGCCAUGAAUAAGGACCCAGAGGUGGCCGCGCUGGUCCUCCCGCACGUCGACACCGGCCCGCUGCUGGACAGUGAGGAGCAGUAUGGCGCCAUAGACGCGGCCUUCGACAGCAUCUCGGGUGGCAAAGCGCGUGGUACCUACGCCGAGUUCGUCAACCAUUUCCGCGGGGCGGCGCUGUCCAAGGACGCCGACGUCGGCAUGCUGAAAGACAUAUGGAGUCGCAUCGAUGCGGACGGCAGUGGAUCGAUCUCCAAGCUGGAGUUCGUCGCCUUCGCCGCCGCCAUCAACAAGGAUCCAGAGGUGGCCGUGCUGCUCGACCCUGCCAGGCUCCGCGCUGGCACCAACUCAGGCUCGCUGAUCAGCAGCGAGCAUAGCUUCGAAGCCGCGAACGCGGUCUUCGACGCCAUGUCAGGUGGCAAGUCGCGCGGUAGCUACGCGGAGUUCGUCGACCACUUCCGAGGGUCAGCGCCAUCCAAGGACGCCGACGUGGGCAUUCUGAAAGACAUUUGGACACGCAUCGAUGCGGACGGCAGUGGCGCGAUCUCCAGGCUGGAGCUCACUGGCUUCAUCGCCGCCAUGAACAAGGACCCGGAGGUGGCCGCGCUGUUCCUCCCAGGGUCCGUUAUUGGCUCGCUGGUCGACGGCGAGGAGACCUUCGGCGCCGUGGACGCGACUUUCGACGCCAUCUCGGGCGGCAAUGCGCGCGGUACCUACGCGAAGUUCGUCGACCAUUUUCGCGGGGCGGUGCCGUCCAAGGACGCAGACAUCAGCAUGCUGAAAGACAUCUGGAGACGCAUCGAUGCGGACGGCAGCGGCUCGAUCUCCAAGCUGGAGUUCGUCGCCUUCAUCGCCGCCAUCAACAAGGACCCAGAGGUCGCUGUGCUCCUCGACCCUUCCAGGCUCCUCCCGGGCGUCGACACUGGCUUGCUGGUCAGCAGCGAAGGGAGUUUCCAAGCGGCAAACGCGGUCUUCGACACCAUGUCAGGCGGCAAGUCGCGCGGCGGCUACGCGGAGUUCGUCAACCACUUCCGCGGGGCAGCGCCGUCAAAGGACACCGACCUCGGCAUUCUGAAGGAUGUAUGGACGCGCAUCGAUGCGGACGGCAGUGGAUCGAUCUCCAGGUUGGAGUUCAUGGGCUUCAUCGCUGCCAUGAACAAGGACCCGGAGGUGGCCGCGCUGGUCAUCCCUGGCAUCGACACCGGCCCACUGCUCGACAGCGAGGAGAGCUUCGAAGCCGUGGACGCGGUCUUCAACGCCAUCUCGGGCGGCAAGUCGCGCGGCACCUACGCGGAGUUCGUCGACCAUUUCGGGAGCCGCGCGGCACCUCGCGCGGCGGAGGGGGGCAGCAGGUCGCGCGGUGCUCGCAGCGGAGGUUGCCGCGGGGCGCCGCCGUCCAAGGACGUCGGCGCAGACUCGCUGGAAGACACCUGGAGACGCAUCGAUGCGGACGGCAGCGGCUCGAUCUCAAAGCUGGAGCUCAUUGCCUUCCUCGCUGGCGUCAACGAGGACCCAGAGCUGAGCGCGUCGCUCCUGCCUGGUGUCGACACCCGCACGCUGCUCAGCUCCGAGCACGUAUUCAGCUCCGCGGGCGUGGCCUUCGAUGCCAUCCCACGCGGCAACCCGCGCGUUCGCUACGCAGAGUUCGUCGACCACUUCAGCGACGGCGACAAAAAGUGGAAGGACAUCUGGAAACGCAUCGAUGCCGACGGCGGCGGAACGAUCUCGAAGCUGGAGUUCAUUACCGCUGUCAACAAGGACACCGAAGUGGCCGCCACAGUUCUCCCAGACGUCGACCCCAGCUCGCUUCUCACCAGCGAGGAUAGCUUCGACGCCGCGAACGAGACCUUCGACGCUAUGUCGGGUGGCAAGUCGCGCGUCAGCUACGAGGAGUUCGUCAACUACUUCCGCAAGGGCAAGGACAAAGCCUUUGUGGAGGCGGCCGCGGCGAAGGCCGCGAGGGAGUCGCAGGCGGCCGUGAACAUCCAGCGCCACCAUCGCGGAGCUUCCGCACGGCGACAGCUGCGGGCCGAGCGGGCGCAGCGGGUUGCGGAGGCGGAGGCAGCAGUGUGCAUCCAGCGCCACCACCGCGGCGCCUGCGCACGGCGGCAGGUGCGGGACGCGCGGGCUCAGAAGGACGUCGAGGCGCGGCAGGCGGCAGUGUGCAUCCAGCGCCACUACCGCGGUGCCUCCUCGCGGCGGCAGCUGCGGGCCGAGCGGGCCCGGAGGCAGGCGGAGGCAGACGCAGCAGUUUGCAUCCAGCGCCACCGCCGUGGCGCCACUGCACGGCGGUCCGCGCGACGGCAGCUGACGGCGGCGCGGGCUCAGACGGACACGGAGGCGGCAGUGUACAUCCAGCGCCACUACCGUGGCGCCGCUGGGCGGCGACAGGCGCGGGAGCAGCGGCUUCUGAUGGUAGAUGUGGAGGCGGCCAAGUGCAUCCAGCGCCACUUUCGCGCCGCCGAGGCGCGGCGAGCGCUGCGGCGGGUGGAGGAGGUCUGCCUCAGGGUCGAGUCCGACAGGCGCAGGGGCCGCACCGGCUCGGACGGGGGCGAGCCCAGCUUCGCCCGGCGCCUCGCCCAGCGCCUGGCGAGUUACGGCAUCAGGGGCGCCGAGCGUGAGGAGGUCCUCGAGGAUGACGAAGACGGCCAGGCCGCAAGGGACCGCGUCAAUUUCUUCAACGUGGUCGCGGAGGUCGCCAACGAGCGGCCUCCUGGGCAGGGGCGCAGCCGCAACGUGGAGCCUGAGGCUUCCUACGCCCACGUCGUCACCACCAGCACCCGCAGGACUGAGGAGACGAUGCCCGAGGUGCCAGCGCCCGAGAAGCGCACCAAGCUGCCCAAGGGCGAGGUCAAGUGCUUCAAGGUGCUCAGCACCGUGUGCACCUCCGACAUGAGCGAGGUCCACAAGGGCUGGCUGCCCACUUUCGUGCGGGAGAGGAGGAGGAGCAGCGUGCUCAGCGCGGACACCAUGACCACCAUGAGCCCGAACACGCCCGAGCGUUUCACUUCGGCCAGGUCGAGCAUCGUGUCUGGCCCUUUUGGGCAGCCGGUACUGGGAAGAGGCGGGUCGUCGGACUCAAACGGCCACUUGGCAUUGCCGACGCGCGCCGUGCCGGCACCGUCCGAGACGUCGAGCGUGCGGGGCAGGAGCCCAGGCAAGAUGAGGAGGUGGUCGUUCUCCAGCAGAACCAGCAUGAUGUCAGAGGUUGCCUUCUCGCUGGACUUCCUGAACCUGCUGGAGAGCGAUCCCGCCAAGAGAGCGGACCGGUUGUCCUGCUACGGGGAGACGGUCGAGGAGAAGGGAAUAUAUUGUUGGCUGCGCCACUGCCAGGCGCAGUGCGUCGCCUCGCUGGGCGCCCUGCUCACCUCGAUCGGGGCAUUCAUGGGGCUGGUCCACAUACCCAUGCACUACCUGUCCCCCGACGUCGCUGUGCUCCUCGCCGCGUUGGGCAACUUCCUUGUGGUCAGCGGCGUGAUGCUCUGGGUUUCCUUCCCGACGGACGAGGUCGACCUCGAUGAGCUCUUCGACAAUCGGCCUGGCAUCCGCAGGGCCACGUUCUUGCUGGUCGCGGCCCUGUUCUUGCCCUGCGUCAUGAUGUCAUACCUGUUCUGCCUGCCCAUACUGCCGCUGACCUUUGGUCUUCUUGGCUGUCCCAACUUGGUCCCUGCCGCAUGUCGGCCCAGGUGGACGACUUUGUUGUCGUUGGCCCUCUGCUUAUCGUUGCUCGGCAUUGGCGUUCACGACUUCGCUUGGGCGACGAAUCCGCUCAAGGCAGCGAAAAGGGUGGGCGGAUUGCCAGCGAGGAGAAGUUUCGUAUUCCCGUCUGUGCGUUGGUUCCUGCCUCUUUCUGUUAUCUCCAUCGUGGGUUUCUGCCUUCACGUGGCUGCAUGGGGGCGGUGGGCGAUGAAGAUGCCAUAUGUCACGGACGGCGUCUUGGGUCCCACGCUGACGCUGUUCAUGCAGACGCUCGGGUACUUCUACUGCAGGGGCCUGCGGGACCUCGCGUUGGGGGCGGUGUUGCUCUCUUGCUCUGGCACAAGGGAGCAGGGAGUGAAGGUGUUCCUUUGUGGGCUCGCGUACAUGGUGCCAGCCCUCACAGUGCACACGAAGACCUUCAAUGGCUGUUACGAGUUCACAGCCAAGAGCGCUUGGCGGCAAAUAGGGUUCCGUACGCCGCAUCCCCAGGCAAACCGCAGCCCAGGUUGCACGCCGAUCGUGCCCCAGAUCCCGCCGAACGACUAUGCGUUGGACCGUGGUGCUGCUGCCGCUCUGGCUGGUCGGCCCGAAUCUCCGAUGCGCAACCGACCAAGGCGCUCGCCAGGCGAACAUGCCCUGUCGAUGGAUAGCGUGAGGGAGGAGCUGGAAGACCACGGCAGGUCGGACCUGACCCCCGAGACUGGACCAGAUGGAAGGCCCUUUGCCGUCUCGCGCCGCCGUCAUCUGUCGCAGCGCCCCUCGCAGCGCCCCCUCGCCGACGCGGGGACCAGCCAGCCACACCGGCAUCCUGGCGAGGGCGCCGGCGCUGCGCGGCACCUCGUCCCUCCGGUGCCGCCCUCCGCAGCUGGGAGCCAGCAGCAGUGGCAAGGGUCGGGCGUCAGCGUGCUCUCCUACGAGAGUGUCGCCACGGUGCCCCCGGCGCCCACGGGCAGAGGCUGCGGAUCCAGGGAUCUAGGCUUCUUUCUGGACGAGAGCGGUCUUGAUCAGAGCUUUCACUCGUCGGCGCAGGCAGGGUCUCCAAGCAGAGGGCCCAGCAGGGACGACUCCUACCCCGAGGGGGCCUCCUCUGGCAGCUCGUCGUCUCACGAGAGCCACCGUGUUCCGCCCGCCCAUGCGCCCAUGGAACGGGGCGCUGCUCCAGCUGCAGCAGCGGUGGCGCCACCGCCUGUCAUGUACGCGCAGCCCGUGGAGUGCCCGGUCAGUUUCUCGGCCGCCCCUCAGCCAGCGGCCGCGCCCGCCGAGGCCGUGUUCGUCCAGGCCGCACUUCCGUUGGCCUACUCGGCAGCGCCACAGCCCGAGGCGGCACUCCUGCAGAGCCUGGGGCAGCAGAUCACCUACCAGGCGCAGCCCGACGAGGGCCCUGGAUGGCAGCAGGAGCGUGCAGACGCCGCACCAGGGCCACCAGAGCCACCUGCAGGUACGAGCGGCAGCAUGGUGUCUUCCCAGAGCGACACACAUCCACCAGGGCCACCAGAGCCACCUGUAGGGAAGCGCGGCAGCGUGAUGUCUUACCAGAGCGACCAGCAGCCACCAUGGCCGCCAGAGCCACCAGCAGGUAAGCGCGGCAGUGUGAUGUCUUCCCAGGGCGACCAACAGCCACCAUGGCCACCAGAGCCACCUGCAGGGAAGCGCGGCAGCGUGAUGUCUUACCAGAGCGACCAGCAGCUUCCUGGGCCGCCAGAGCCACCAGCAGGUAAGCGCGGCAGCGCGAUGUCCUACCAGGGCGACCAGCAGCCACCAGGGCCGCCGGAGCCACCAGCAGGUACGCGCGGCAGCGUGGUGUCCUAUCAAGGCGACCAGCAGCCACCAGGGCCACCAGAGCCACGGGCAGUUAAGAAGCGCGUCAGCAUAGCCUCUUACCACAGCGAUCCGGAGCCACCAGAGCCUCCGACGGGUAACCGCGACAGCGCUUCGUCCCACCAGAGCGACCAGCAGCCACCAGAGCCACUGGCAGGUAAGCGCGGCAGUGUGAUGACCCGCCCGAGCGACCAGCUGCCACCAGACCCAGACCAACAGCCACUAGAGCCACCAGAGCCACCAGCAAAUCAGCGCAUCAGCGGCGGCGGCGGCGCGCGGCAGCUGGCUGCCGUGGCGCAGGUGGUGACGGAGGGUGCGGAGCAGUCGGAGGGCCUCCAGCAGCCGCCAGAUCCAGACCAACAGCCACGAGAGCCACCAGCGCCACCAGUGAAUAAGCGCGGCAGCGUGGCGUCUCACCUGAGCUACCAGCCUCCGCCAGACCCACACCAACAGGUUCUAGAACCACCAGAGCCACCAGCAGAUAAGCGCCACAGCGUGGCGUCCCGCCAGAGCCUCCCAUCGUCGGGCAGCACCCCCGCGGACAAUGCGGCUUCCCCCAUUGUUGCCGCACAGCCGCCGCCGCCUGUCAUGUACGCGCAGCCCUUGGAGUGCCCGGUCAGUUACUCGGCCGCCCCUCAACCAGUGGUCGCGCCCGCCGAGGCCGUGUUCGUCCAGGCCGCACCUCCGUUGGCCUAUUCGGCAGCGCCACAGCUCGAGGAGACACCUGCGGAGCAGGCCGCCGACCUCGAGCAGCCCGAGCAUUCAGGAGACGUGCGCUCCACCGAGAGCAUGGUGUCCAGCCAAGUGGAAGCGCACCCCUCUGAUGCCAGCCACCAGAGCCGCCGUUCGUCGGCGCCUCCAGGCGUGGCCGCAAAGCCACCGUCGCCUCUCACGCAACCUGUCCUCUGCCGGUCUCUUACUCAGCCAGACGUCACGAUUGCGGUCGCGGCGCCGCUGGUGCCGCGACACUCGGAAGUGCAACCAGCGCCGCCGACGUGCAGACCCAGCAGGCUGGGCUGCGCGGACAGCUUCAUCCCCGAGGGGGACUGCGACAUCGCUGAGGAUCCGGCCCACACCGAGGGCGACCCGGAGCAUCCAGCGGACGUGCGCCCCUCCGCAAGCACGGAGUCCCGCCAGAGCCAACGUUCGUUGGCGCGGGCAGGGUUUGACAGCAGGCCGGACGGUGCGGACAGCUUCCUCCCCGAGACGGGCCGCGCCGGGGACCCAGUGGACGAGCGUUCAAGCCUGGCGUCCUACCAGAGCCACCGCUCGUUGGCGGCGCAGUCGAAGCCUGCCCGCGGACCAGACAGCGCGGACGUCAUUCAUCGCGAAGGGGACGCCGCCGAGGAUCCAGCGGGGAAGCGCUCCAGCGUGGCGUCCCGCCUGAGCAGCCGCUCGUCGGCGCAGUCGAGGCCCCACACAGCGCAGUCGCGGGCUGCCAGGAGGUUGGACGGUGCCGGCAGCUCUCUGCCCGAAGGGGGUGCCGCCGAAGAUCCAGCGGGCAAGCGCCCCAGCCUGGCGUCCCGCCAAAGCCACCGCUCCUCCACGCAGGGAAGGCCUGCCAGAGAGGCAGGCGCCACGGACAGCUUCCUCCCAGAGGAGAAGACCCCCGAGCAUCCAGCAGAGAAGCGUGACAGCGUGGCGUCCCACAAGAGUCACCGCUCGUCGACGAAGGCGAGGUCUGCCAGGAAGCCGGGCGCCGCGGACAGCAUCCUCCCCGAAGGGGGCACCGCCGAACAUCCAGUGGGAUUGCGCCCUUCCGAAAACGUGGCAUCGCACCAGAGCCACCGCUCGUCGGUGCAAUCACGGACUGCCAGAAGGCAGGACGUUGCGGAAAGUGUCCUCCCUGGAGGAGGCGUCGCUGGAGAUCCAGCGGACAAGCGCCCCAGCAUGGCGUCCCAGCAGAGCGACCGCUCGUCCGCGCAGGCGAGGUCUGCCAGCAGACAGGACGGCGGGGGCAGUCUUCAUCCCGCGGAGGGCGCCCGCCAGCAUCCAGCGAGCAUGCACGCCCUCGACAGCAUGGAGUCGGCGCAUGCAGAGUCCUUGGAUCGGCUGAACACAGAUACCUCCGAGGGGAACGCCAGGGGGCAUCCAGCUGAGCAUCAUGACAGCAAUGGCGUCGUGCAGUUUUCCCGCAGGAGACACCUUUCUUCAGCGACAUCUUCGGCGCAGGCGACAGAUUGCUAGCAUGCUGGAUGGCGCACGCUGGGAGCAUGACGCGGAGCACGGCUCCAGCUCCCUCUGAGCAUGCGCUCUUCUAGAUGUGUUGUUAUGUUUCAUCCCCAUCUUCCUCGUAAUCCUCAUUAUCACCACCAUUAUCAUCAUCGUCCUUCGCAUCAUCCUCCGUAUCCUUCGCACCGCCAUGAACGCUCUCGCGCAAAAUGUACAGGUGAUUUGACGCUACUAUUCUUUAAGUCGAGCUGACGGAUCCGCCAGGCGAUCCUUUCCACGAGAUCUGCACAGCGUACUCCGGCUUGUUUAUACUCACGAUCCCAGGGCACGCUGUACUGGCCUUCUGCCGCCGGAGAAAACAUCCCCCUUCAGAUGCCCCGAAGCUUCCGAGGCCUUCCAGAACGGAGGCCGCACGCCCAGGAUGCCAAUCGGCAUCCGGAGUGGAGGCCGGGGCGAGCACGGCCGGGAGCGGUACCCGGCGAAGCUGGAGCGGCUGAUGAGGCGACUGGAGGCGGUGGUGGCGCCCCCGGACGACGCGGUGCGGGAGUUCUGGGCGGAGCUGACCCCGACGGAGCGCUCGAAGUUCAGCGCGGAGUUCCCGGACUGCAUGGUGUACGUGACGAACCAGGGCAAUGGGAGCACUCGGUGAGAGCACUGGAAUGAGGCAAGGGCUGAGCCCACGUCCUCCUUCUUCUCCGCCUCCUCCUUCUCCGCCUCUUUCUCCUCCCCCUCUUCGUCCU